AUGGCCGACUCCAAAGAGGAUCUGACUGACAAGGCACACUUUGAUCCCAACUGGAUUGCCUGGAACGGAGGUUACCUACAUUCUAACAAUGUGCUGUUUUAUUUUGCAACAUCGCCCUUCUUUGACCAGGUCUCGGGCAACCAGUCUCUGUUUACCCAGUGGGCCGGAACUCCCAAUCAGAAUGACAUUCUAGGGACACGAGCCAAGUUCGAAGCGAACCUACGGCAUCAGCGUGGCAUCCAGUACGUUGUUGAGCAUGAUCCUCUCGAAGAGAAUGUGACGCACGAUGGGCCAAACGGUCCUGAAAAGUCCAACGUGUGGGUCAUUCGCAAGCAGAAUCGAGAAACCGAGGCAGACAGCAGCGUCACGACUCUAGGCUAUUACUACAUAGUCAACGAUGUGAUCUACCAAGCACCCCCUGUGGCCAGCAUUUUCAAUUACCGAAUGUUGAACACGGUUUCGGCACUGGAGACUGUAUUUUCUGCGCCUGCCGACAUGUCCUUCUUCGACGUAUCUCACGGGCAUACGUAUCACAAGCCUGGUCACAAAUCAACAAGCCAGGCGUUGAACAGCGCCUCUCAGCAAAGUAAAGAAGACACGCCACUGCCGGGAACACAACCACCUGCAGGAGAAAAGGCCAAUGGGACACGGCCUCAGGCAGAUGGUGAGAUCGAUGGCCGGACUUUAUGGGAUGCCCUGCGCAUGACUCUUCAGCACGGCAAAGAGUAUACGGAUGAUGUUUCCCUGGUCGGUGAGCCUGGAAACUUCAGAUUCUCGAAGAAUAGAGAAGCGGCAACUGGUCAACCCAAAAGCCAAAUCCAAGGCGCUGCUACAGCCACACCCACUCAAUCUAGGGCGGCCUCGGCGGUACCUGCUGCAAAAAGCCCGGGUGCCGGACUGGUGAAGGGAUCAAAGGCGGGAGAGAAAACCAUCUCUGCGGUCAAGAUACGCGGAGUUAAGCAGGAGAAUCAAGUCCCUAGGAUUGAUACUCUGUUCCUACUCGUAUGCGUGAAUCCAGCCUUUGCUUCAGUGCACGUGAAAGGCUCGCCUGGCCUGCCCCAAUGGGGAUUAGUGCAUGAGCAGGCAGUAGUUAGUUACGGCAGGCGGCGUCAUUCUCAAAAGAGCAUCAUUACAUUCACUGUGACUUAUUUCGCCGCACCGCUUCCUCAGUCUCUCACUCUCCCUCGCCGACUUUACCUUUUGUUCUUUGUCGCAAUUCAGAACUACAAUCACACUGCCUUUGCCCGACAUCUCUACCGCUCAAUCCAUCCACAACCUUUGCUCGACGUAUCUUGUUUAAUCAAACGUCCCGAUCAAACUCGUCUUGCGUCGCGGGGCACGAUGAAGCUCUCAUUCAGGGAUUUGAAACAACAAAAAUUCACGAUCGAUGCCGAACCCACAGACACGAUCGCCCAGGUGAAGGAAAAGGUCGCAGCAGAGAAAGGAUGGGACGCAUCAAGUCAAAAGCUCAUCUAUUCUGGCAAAGUUUUGGCAGACGCCAACACGGUCGAGUCCUACAAGAUUGAAGAAAAGGGUUUCAUUGUGUGCAUGGUCAGCAAGCCCAAGGCUGCACCAGCUGCUAAACCUGCCCCUCCUUCAACGCCCGCCGCAUCGACGUCUGCCUCUACGCCUGCGGCCCCCCCUGCUCCCGCUGCACCUGCGACUCAACCUGCUGCUGCUGCCAACCUACCUUCUACACCCACUCCAGGACAGGCCGCAGCCUCUGCUCCUGAAGUUGAAAGAGGUUUCAAUGAUCCUUCCGCGUUCUUGAUGGGCAGCCGGAAUGAGGGGCCCAUUCGAGAGAUGGAGGCCAUGGGUUUCGAACGAUCACAGAUUGACGCCGCCCUCCGAGCUGCGUUCUUCAACCCGGACCGAGCGAUUGAAUAUCUCCUGAACGGCAUUCCGGAAAACGCUGGCCCUACGGAGCCGUCAACCUCUGAUACUCCGAAUAGAUCCUCGGCCACGUCCCCUCCAGCAGCAGCCGCCCAGACAGCACAGCCAGCCCAAACUGGCGGAGACGAACCCAUUAAUCUGUUUGAAGCCGCUGCUCAAGCCAAUCAAGGAGGUCGUGGUAGUGGCGGUGCCGGUGCUGGUGCAACAAGAGGCGCUGGAGCGGCAGCAACUGGAGCCCAAGGCGCAAACAUGGACUUGACCUAUCUGCGAAACAGCCCCCAUUUUCAACAACUGCGUCAAAUUGUCCAGCAACAACCAUCAAUGCUCGAGCCCAUCCUACAGCAAGUGGCCGAAGGAAACCCCCAGCUUGCACAAAUGAUCAGCCUCAACCCUGACCAGUUUCUCCAGUUGCUUGCAGAGGGCCACGAAGAAGGCGAUGGAGCACCUCCCAUGGGUGCCGGCGUCGUCACUGUUACUCCCGAAGAGCGCGACGCCAUCGAGCGAUUAUGUAGACUUGGAUUCUCCAGAGACCAAGUCAUCCAGGCGUAUUUUGCUUGCGACAAGAACGAAGAAUUGGCAGCGAACUUUCUUUUCGAGCAGCCGGAAGACGACGAACCGGGCGCAUAG